AUGGCUCCUCUUCAAGAAGAGAGGAGCUCCCGGCCUUUGGCAACAGAUCAAAAUGAUGAAGGGACCCGCAACGAAAGCACACGUGAAUCAUCAGAAGGUCCAGCAUGGUACUAUGAAAUCGAGGGAGACGAGGAUGAGCCAGAGGAGGGUGAAGAUGAAGACUAUGAAGACCAGCCUGACGAAGAAGAGGAGGAAGAAGAGGAGGACGAUGAUGAGGACGAUGACGAUGAUGCAAUUGAAGGAGGUGGCGGCACACAACGCCUUCUAAACAUUGUUCGAAUGGUGACUCAAGCUGGGGCUAGGACAGGACUAUUGACACGAAGACAACUCCUCGCGUUAAUGCAGGAUCCAAAUCUCACUAGUGUCUUGUUCCAAGAUAAUGCAGACGACGACGCAGAAUUCUUAGAUUGGCCCUUUAGGCGACACCGGACACCGAAGGAUCCUAACCGCUUCCCAAAAGUUCCCAGUGAACAAGGCAUCAAACUUAUGCGUUCAGGAGUGUUUGGCGCAAACGAUUACAACCUCAGAGCUAAGAAGCGUCUAGCUACACGAAUGUUGGAGCGGGAGUUGGCCUUGGGAAACCGCGAAGAUCGAUUGCGGAAUAAUGCUCUCAUCAACCAGGGCCUGUUACCACAGACAAGAGCAGAAAAGAUUGUCCAUUUUGAUGAUCCGGUCUACUCUGGACAGUUUUCUGAUGACGGUAACUUUUUCUUCGCUUGCUCUCAAGACUUUAAAGUUCGGAUGUACGAUACUUCGAGCCCAUACAACUGGAAGCAUUACAAGACAGUCGCAUACCCUUGGGGCCAGUGGACACUCACGGAUGCAUCACUGAGUCCCGACAAUAAAUGGCUCGCUUAUACUUCGAUUCAGACAAUGGUCUCAAUAGCCCCUACAGACCCGAAUGACACUGGCGACCCUUAUACCCUGGAUCUCGACGAUGGCCCACCUCGGCAGGGGUGGCACGGACGACGUGGCUUUGGUAUUUGGUCUGUUCGAUUCUCUGGCGACGGAAGAGAACUGGUAGCUGGAACAAGUGCGGCUUCCAUUGUCGUGUAUGAUAUCGAGUCACGGUCGGUCUUGCACCAUGUCCGCGGUCAUCAGGAUGAUGUAAACGCUGUGUGUUUUGCCGACAAGAUGUCGCCCCAUAUCCUUUACUCAGGUUCCGACGAUACGACGAUCAAAGUAUGGGAUAGGCGAAGCAUGGGCGAUAACCGAGAAGCUGGAGCUUUUGUUGGCCACAUCGAGGGUUUGACAUAUAUCGACAGCAAAGGCGAUGGACGGUAUAUCCUCAGUAACGGGAAAGAUCAGAGUAUGAAACUAUGGGACCUUCGAAUGGCCAUGUCUACUGAUCGAUACACCGAGCUUGACCCCACAAGAACUGUCAAUACCAGCGGUUUCGAUUACCGAGGGGGAGUUUAUGAUGAUGAAGACUGGGAUGCACAUCCUCAUGAUAACUCACUCGUUACUUUCCGAGGUCAUAAAGUGCUCCGAACUCUUAUUCGGUGUCACUUUUCACCUCCAUCGAGUACCAACUCGAGAUAUGUUUACUCAGGCAGUACAGAUGGUAAGGUAUACAUUUGGAACAUGGAUGCAACGUUGGCGGGAGUUGUCGAUGUCAAGAAAGCAACAAUGCGCACACGGCCUAUGGAUAACCGACAUCGGUUUUAUCACUUUGAUGAGCCAGGUAAUUGGAGCACUUGUGUUCGCGAUGCCAGCUGGCACCCCAAUGCCCCUCUCCUUGUCGCUAACCCGAGAGUAGCAUCCGCAUGGAAUGGUUAUAACAUGGCACGAGGAACAUGUUCACUGCACUCAUUUAAUGAAAAUAUCGACGAUGAGGGAUCUCCUCCGAUGGGACACAGCGUUAGCAAUGUUUUAAAGGAACAGCCGGAGUUGUAUCAGAAUUCGACUUAUGGGAUGGACUAG